AUGAAAACUCAAGAGAACUUCCCCGGCCUCCCCCCCUUCCCAGACAACAUCCCAACAGCACCCCUAACCCGACUCUCCCUGUCCAAACUCCUCGCCCACGACGAAUCAGAAACAGUCCGACUAAUGCGCGCAUGCUGCGACAUUGGCUUCUUCUAUCUGGAUCUCCAAAACACAGAGCCGGGCACCACCCUCCUCUCCACAGCAGAUAAACUAUUCCAAACGGGCACCGAGCUAUUCAAGCUCCCGCUAGCCGAGAAACAGAAAUACGAUUUCAGUGCCCAAAACUCCUAUCAUGGGUAUAAAGCCCAGGGGGCAAUGAUCGCAGAUAAAGAGGGGAAUGUGGACAGAAACGAAUUCUACAAUGUUUCAAAAGACACAAUCCUAAACCUAACACCAUAUCCCUUCCCAUCCCCAACCCUCCUCUCCACCCCCUCAUCCCACAACAAUCUGAAGACCUUCAUCGAAACCUCCCACUCCAUUACCAUUCUCAUUCUCACCCUCCUAAACAAAACCCUCGGUCUCCCCCCGUCCACCCUCCCAAAUCUCCACCAUUUACACUCCACAAGCAGCGACCAAGUCCGCUUCAUCAGAGCCCCGCCCCAACCACCACAGGACAGCCGCACAGCAAUGGGCGAACAUACCGACUUCGGCAGCGUGACUGUCCUCUUUAACCGGUUGGGCGGGUUACAGGUUCUUCCUGCAGGUGAAGACGCGGAGUGGACGUAUGUUAGGCCGUUGCCGGGCCAUGCGAUUGUGAAUCUGGGGGAUGCGUUGGUAAAGUUUACGAAUGGGCUGUUGAGGUCGAAUAUUCAUCGGGUUGUGGCGCCGCCCGGGGAGCAGAUGGGGUGGACAAGGUAUAGUCUUGUUUAUUUUGCGAGGCCGGGGGAUGAGGUUGUGCUGCGGAGGCUGGAGGGGUCGGAUUGUAUUCCUCUCCCUCAGGAGGAGGAAGAGGAAGAGAUUAGUAGUAAGGAGUGGGUUUUGAGGAGGGCGUUGGGGAGGAGGAGCGGCUUGGAAAGUGCGGAUUAUGAGAAGUCUGCUGGGACGGAGAUGAUGAGUCGGAGGAUUAGGGUUUGA